AACUUAAUCUUAAUUAAUCCGGCAGAAUCUCCUCAGAAAAUGAGCUAAAGGGAAACUAGCAUUUUCUUUUCAAAUAAGGAAAUCAACAGAUACUCAAUAAAGGCGUUUUCCCGCAAUAAAUUGAAUGCCAGCCAUUGCAGUGAUGUGACGAUACACUGUGUUUGUGGACCCACGGUGACACCAACGAGAUAAGAACUAUCCCUCGUCUUAACAACACGAUGAAACAGUUCACCUUCAAAGGACUAAUGGCGCCCGUUUUUACGCCGUACACCAAUGGCAGUGAAAAGCUGAACCUUGAUGCAAUUGAGCCUUACGUGCAGCUGCUGAAGGAGAAACGCGUGCGGGGAGUGCUCGUUAACGGGACAUCCGGAGAAGGCAUGCUACUGACCACCGCGGAACGCAUGGCCGUAACGGAAGCAUGGCAACGGUCCUGCAGCAAACACGGCAUAACGAUGAUGGUGCAAAUAGGCGGUGCCCCCUUCCCGGAUGUCGUACAGUUGGCCGAGCAUGCCGCUAAGAUCAACGCCGAUGCGGUUCUUUGUCUGCCGGAGCUCUACUUUAAACCCAAGACUCCCGAAGCACUUGUUGCUUACCUCAAAGCCGUCGCCAGCCAUUGUCCGACGAUUCCAUUUUUCUACUACCAUAUUCCCAUGUUUACGGAUGUGAACGUACCCAUGCCGGCGUUCCUGGAUAUAGCAGAGAAGGAGAUUGGCAACUUUCGUGGCAUAAAAUACACGAGUGGAGAUCUUGAUCAGGGGAGCGCCUGUUUGAAGGAAGGCCGGCACAUAUUCCUUGGUGCCGAUACGAUCUUGUGCGGUGCCGUUGCAGCCGGUUUCGACUGCUUCAUAAUGACCACCUUGAACAUUUGUCCCGAAAUGGCUGACAAAAUCAUUAACGACACAAACCGGGGUGCACUCAACGAAGCUAGGGAAGAACAGCAAGCUCUGAACAGGCGCAUAGCAACGAUCCUGCAACACGGCGACUGGGUAACGGCGAUGAAGAAAGCGUUUCGCGAAACGUUCCCAGCCAUCGAGGUCGGUCACACAAGACCACCGCUGAACUUAAAAUAACAGACUAGCGGAUUUGUUCAUGAGGAUGGUUUUAUUAAAUUGAUUUGAGCAGGCUGGGGCUCAA